AUGAUCAACAACCCAGAAGAUGAAAUUGGUCGAGGCAGCGAAAGCAGCAGUACCCAGGACCAGCGUGACGGGGGCGUGAUGCGAAUCCUUUGUCCGGGAAACGAUGCGAGACUCCAAAGGGCGACGAUCGUGCUGGUCGUCGUGUGGUUCACGUUGAGCUACGGCACGUUUGGGGUGGCCACGUGGAACAACCAGGUCUUUGCCGAUAUCGGGCUGUCCAACCCGUACCUGUGUUCUGUUAUCUACUCCCUCUCCGACCUCCCGGGAAAUGUAGCGUCCAUUUUUUUGGUUGAACAGGUUGGGCGAAAACCGCUUUUGUCUGCAUCAAUGGUGCUUGCUGCGGUUGCGGCAUCAGUGUUCGCUCUCGGCUCUGGAUCUGGAGCAGCGGUGGUAGUUUCUGGAUGCCUAUUCAACGCGUUUAUCACGUGCGGAUGGAAUGCCCUAGAUGUCGUUUCGACAGAGGCGUUUCCGACUGCCGCGAGGGUGUCGGGGAUGGGGCUGGUGUCGGCGGCGGGGACACUGGGUUCGAUUGGGGCACAGUUCGCGAACGGUUCCUUAGAGGGUAACGUUUUCCUUCUGCUCGCCGUGACGAGCGGAUUGACAUUGGUGGGAGGGUUGGCAUCGUUCCUGCUCCCUGGAGAAACGUUAGGGGUGUCUCUCGAUGGCACGACGCCAGAUCGUGCAGUCCCAUAA